AUGGUAAUACCACCGUGGAUAAUUAAUCCAUAUGGUGACAUAGAUGAAACGAAUGUCAUAAUACAAGAGGAACUGACUGAACUAAGUACAAACGAAGAAUUUAAGGUUCAGUUUAAAAACGGAUAUCAGCAAUUCUGGCUGCAAAACAACAUACCCGUUACUUAUCCCGUAUUAUCGAAUAUAGCGAGGAUAUUUUUAAUUUCCUCUCCAUCGUCGUACCUAGUGGAAAGCGGGUUCAGCGCUGUUACCAAUCUACUAACGAAAAAAGAAACAGACUGGACAUCAUUAGCCGAGGUGAUUUAA